AUGGCCCGUUCGGAAUCGCGCCUCUGGACCCGCAAGGUGGAGGUGGAUGAGGCACGCGGGCUGAGCAUCUCUCUUAUCGAGGAUCCCACUCUGGAUCUGGGAGGUGAUGAUGCUUGGUGCGCCUGGUGCCUGUGGCCAGCUGCGAAGGCCUUGAUGAAUUACUUGUCUACUUGGGACGACGAAGUCCUGAAGAGCAGCAGCGUGCUCGAGCUGGGUUCGGGCUGCGGCGCUGUGGGCAUGUAUGCUGCUUUGCGAGGAGCCAAGCCUACAGUCCUCACUGACGUUUACCGCGCGUUGCCCCUCCUCAAGCGCAAUGUGACGGCCAACGGCCUGGGAGGACUUUGUCGAACGUAUGCUCUUCCAUGGGGAACUCGCUUGGAGCACCUGGCCCCCGAGAUUCGGGGCAAUGCUCCGUUUGAUUUGGUCAUUGCUGCUGAUUGCAGCUACGAUUUCGUGAAUCCGGAAACGCCUAGCCCAUCUAUUGACGCGCUGCUGACCAGUGCUCGAUCACUGGGUCGACGUGCCUUGAUUUGUGUAUCACGCCGCCCAAAUGAGGUGGAAGCCUUCACAAGCUCUGUCUCCCGUGCAGGUAUGUCUAACCUAGUUUCUGUUGUUUACAAGGAGGAGAUGGAUGCUGAGAAAGACUGUGUUCCAGAAUGUUUGGUGUAUUCCUUCGACUUCCAGGGCCCAACUGAAGCCAAAAGCAGGCGAGAUUUUGGAAUUAAUAAGGAAACUUAA